AUGGAGAGCACAAGAAUCAGCCAAUGGUUAAAUCUUCUAGUAAGUGUACUGCUAUUUCUAAAGGCAGAAGGGCUUUUUGUUCCAAUCACUUAUCUCGAGAAUGCAGAAUCAAAAGGAGCUGUUUGUUUGGAUGGCACUCCCCCAGCUUACCACUUUGAUAAGGGAUUUGAAGAAGGGGUUAACAACUGGAUAGUUCACAUUGAGGGAGGAGGAUGGUGCAACGAUGUUGCUAGUUGCCUUUUCCGUAAGGACACUCGUUUAGGCUCAUCUAACCACAUGGGUGACCAAGUUGCCUUUUCUGGAUAUUUAAGUAACGACCAACAGUUUAAUCCAGAUUUCUACAAUUGGAACAGAAUCAUGGUAAGGUACUGUGAUGGGUCAUCAUUUACUGGUGAUGUGGAAGCAGUUGAUCCAAUAACCAAUUUGCACUUCAGAGGAGCAAGGAUUUUUGUGUCUGUAGUAGAGGAUUUACUAUCAAAAGGAAUGGAAAAUGCUGAAAAUGCUAUUCUAUCUGGAUGUUCAGCUGGAGGAUUAACUACUAUAUUACAUUGUGAUCGUUUUAAAGCUCUAUUACCUGCGAGAGCUAAAGUGAAAUGCCUUUCAGAUGCUGGUUAUUUUAUCAAUGCAAAUGAUAUCUCAGGAGCACAACACAUUGAAGAGUACUUCACUCAAGUUGUUGAAACACAUGGCUCAGCAAAGAAUCUGCCUUCAUCCUGCACUUCAAGACUCAGUCCAGGGCUGUGCUUUUUCCCACAAUAUGUGGCAUCACAAAUCACUACACCAAUCUUCUUUGUAAAUGCAGCCUAUGACUCAUGGCAGAUUAGGAACAUUUUGGCACCGGGUGAUGCUGAUCCACAUGGCCUUUGGCAAACCUGCAAGCUUAAUAUAAACAACUGUUCCCCUGAUCAACUAAAUAUAAUGGAAGGCUUCAGAAUGGAAUUCAUAAAGGCAUUGAGUGUGCUAGGCAACUCUUCAACCAAAGGAAUGUUUAUAGACUCUUGCUAUGCCCAUUGCCAAACCGAAAUACAGGAGACAUGGUUCGGAAGUGGCUCUCCACAGCUUGCCAAUACAACCAUUGCAAAGGCAGUUGGAGACUGGUUUUAUGAACGAAAUCCUUUCCAACAGAUUGAUUGCACAUACCCUUGCAACCCUACUUGUCGUAACCGUGUUUUUGAUCCAUAA